AUGUCAGGCUAUUUUAAACGACCCUAUCCGAGAUUUGACAUUUAUGCCAUUCUGCGUUAUUACAGUGGCUUUGGUCGAUACGAUGAUGAUUUUGUUGAUCGAUUGUCUCGACAUUAUUCUGUAUUUAUCUUUUCCAUAUUCGUUUUAAUCGUUUCUUCAGUUCAGUUUGUUGGAAAACCAAUAUCAUGUUUUACUCCAGCUUCAUUUACUGAUGCUCAUAUAAUCUAUGCUGAUUUUGUCUGUUGGAUCUCGGAUACAUAUUUCGUUUCGAUUGACGCUGAAAUACCAGAAAUCGAUCAUACAGAAACAAGACAAGGUUCGCAAACGAUACGCUUUUAUCAAUACGUUCCAUUUAUACUAAUGUUACAAACGUUCGGAUUCUUCUUCCCAGGGUUUUGCUGGCGAAGUGGGUCAGCACGUCUUGGAAUGUCUUUACAGAAACAUUUAGAUCAACUUCAUAUGAGUCGUCGAUCACUAGCUGAACCAUUCAUUUAUCGCCGACAAAUGAUACGCAAUGUUGCUAUUCGUCUUGACCAAUAUUUUCGUAAACGUCCAAAAGCCAAAACGGCCAAAUUAACUAUAUUUUAUAUGUUCAUCAAAUUCAUCUAUUUAAUCAACAUUAUCGUUCAAUUAUUCAGUCUGCAUUAUUUCAUGAAAUUCGAUUUUGAUAUCAAAGAUUUGCUUCGACGUUUUCUUAUAUACAGUAACACCGUACGUCACGCGUCAUUGCAAUUUCCAACCAAUGUUCUAUGUGACUUCAUUGUUCGUUUUCUUGGCAAAAAUAAACACCGACAUACGGUUCAAUGCGUUCUACCAAUCAACGUUUUCAAUGAGAAAAUCUUCAUUUUCGCUUAUCUAUGGCUGCUAUUAUUACUCUUUUGCGCCGUUUACAAUCUGUUUGUACAAUGGAUGUUGUUCCUCGUAUUUCCGGACAACAUGUUCGAGACACGCCGUCGCGUUCGUCGAACGUUGUCGAAAUUUUCCUUGAAUGAAAAUGAAGAAAACGACAUGAUUGAAAUUUAUGAAUACCAAUCGAUUACGAAAGGUUUCAGUGAACGUUAUCUCCAAUGUGAUGGAAUUGUUGUUAUGCGGCUAUUAACUAUGAAUAUCGAUUUAGUGACCAUGAAUGAUUUACUGGAUGAUCUUUGGGAACUAUACAAACUUGAUCCGUUGUGA